AUGGGAGAGGCCGUCACCGCCGCGGAGCUGCUGUACGGCAUGCCGCUGAUCCGGUCGGUGACCGGGGACGGCGGCGGCGGCGUCGAGACCGGCGGCUGGGGUGCGCUGCUCGUGGAGCUCAAGCAACCGUGGGGGGAGAUUGGGAAGAGCCUGGAGGAGCGGGAGCGGAUGGUGGGGAGCUGGAGGCCGAGUGCAUGCGCGUGUACCGCCGCAAGGUCGACGAGGCCACCGGCGAGCGGGCCAUGCUGCACCAGUCGCUCGCCGCGGGGAGGCCGAGAUCGCCGCGCUCUGCAACGACAACAGCCCUCAGCUCAAGCUACAGUAGUGUGGAGUAUUAUUCCUGCAAACACAAAUAAUGAAGUGCAGAUUUUGGACAUUGAUACGGUAAACAAAUGGACCAUGUCGUUGACCGAGCGGGUGUCGUCAGCGACGACCCUGCUGGAAGAACUGAGGGCGGUGAAAGCAGAGCGGAGCCGGCAGUUCGCUGACAUCCGGUCAGAAAUCGAAAAGAUCACCGCUGAGAUCGCCGGGAGGAGCUACGGCGGCUACGAGGGCUCCCCCAGGGCCAGCGUGGUGGUGGAAGAGCAUGACCUGACGAUCAGGAGGCUGAAUGAGUACAAGGCGCGCCUCACGAGUCUCCAGAAAGAGAAGUCCGACCGGCUCCACAGGGUCCUGGAGCACGUGACCGAGGUGCACUCGCUGCGCGACGUGCUGGGCGAGGACUUCAUCGCGAUCGUGAACGAGGUCCCACCCGGGGCUGCACCUGGACGAGACCUGCGAGAGGCCGUGGUGCCUCUGGUGGAGCUGUGGGAGCUGAUGGACUCGUCGGAGGAGCGGCGGGGUUUCAGGAAGGUCACUGCGGUUCUGAAUCCUGACAAAGUGGAUGCUCUGUCCUCCGGCGUCUUGUCAGUGGCGACCAUAAAGAAGACGGAGGAGGAGGUGGAGAGGUUGACGAUCAAGGCCGGCCGGAUGAAGGAGCUCGUGCUCAAGAGGCGGCCGGAGCUGGAGAACAUCUGCCGUAGCAUGCAUGUGGAGCCUGAUGCGAGCACCGUGCCGGAGAAAUCCAUUGCACUGAUCGACUCUGGUCUCGUGAAUCCUUCUGAGCUCAUGGCCAGCAUCGACGAACAGAUAGCGAAAGCCAGGGAAGAGCUCCAGUCCAGGAGAGAAAUCAUGGAGAAGAUAAACAAGUGGCUGCUGGCGUGCGAGGAAGAGAAAUGGCUCGAGGAGUACAAUAUGGAAGAGAACAGAUUCAGUACCGGCAGAAUUGCGCGCCUCAACUUGAAACGCGCGGAGAAAGCAAGGCUUAUCAUCACCAAGAUCCCAGCCGUUGUUGACAACCUGAUCAGUCGGAACACUCGCAUGGGAGAGCGAAAGAAAGAAGCCGUUCCUGUACGACAGGGCUCGCUUGGUUGCCGUCUUGCAGGAGCACAAGCAAGCCAGGCUCAGGCAGGAGGAGGAGAGGAGGCGACUCAGGGAGCACAAGAAGCUGCGCACCCUGCUGAGCGAGAAGGAGGCGAUGCCGCACCUGAAGCGGCCCGGCAGCAGCUUCGGCAGGGCGGCCGAGCCCUGCAACGUGAACCGGAAACGGGUCGACGCGAGCAGGUUCGCGUCCUCCGCGCCGUCCGUGCGCAGCGGGGCCUCCAGCAGCAGCAGCAGUGGCGGUGCGAGUGCAACGGAGCUCAUCAGGCCGCGCUCCUCGGCGGCGGGCGCGGGACAGUGCGGCGAGUUCUUCAAGGGCGCGAGGCGGCUCUCGGCGCCGGCGCCCAACUACGUCAGCAGCAUGUCCUCGUCGCUGGCUCUGUCCUAAACUCACAGGUCGAAACCGCACGAGUAGGCAAGUAG